GUUGAGAGUGACCUUGUAUGAACAAGGUGAUAGUGCUAAGCCCCUCAUGCCGACUAACGACUUGAAGUUACCUGUUGAGCUGUGGCUCCUCGUUUUCUCUUUCGGCAAAUUUUCCUCUAAUGACCUAGCUGUACUCUGCAGAGUGUGCGCCGGCCUCUAUCACGCAGUAGUUGACUCUCUGUAUGAGUCCAUCACGGUCGACAACUCGGACGUGUGUACUACGCUCGCAGAGUGUCCCCAUCUCGCAGAGAAAGUCAAAUCUUUCGUAUUCACAUAUCCGACAAUCAUGGUCUACGACGGUCCCGAGGUGAACCUAGAUAAUCUCACGUCGGCCCUCAAAAAUAUGACCUGCCUCUCAACGCUCAAGCUUAUCCAUUCCCAAAAGCAUGAAUACUCGUCCGUCCUUCAGUACUGUGAUGCCGAGCUUCAUAUUUUUCAUUGUACCUACCGUGUCAACCGCCGACUCCUAAGCUUUUUGAAUAGGCAGGAUAGCAUCCGUGAUCUUGCUCUCACUGGCAUGCCCACAUUCGAUAUCGAUCCCAAACGCGAGGAGAUGUUUCUUCCCACGUCUCUGCCACUUCUAACAGAAAUCUCUGCCAACUCUUGUUUUCUAAAAGCCCUUGUACCUGGACGCCCAGUUCACACUGUACGUUUCAAAGGCCAACAUGUACACACCAGUGGGACGCGACUUCAUCGACCCCUCCACAGUACCUGUCAAAAAUUUGGGACUUGAUUUCAUGAUUUGGCUGCCGGCAGAAAUAUGCUGCACACCACUUUCCAAGGACAUUGAGGAAAUUACGCUGACAGGUCUGGUUACUCAGCGCCUAAUCGGACGCUUCGGAAUCCCUUUAUGGAGGCAGUAUUUUAAUCGCAUGAUAGCAGACGCACGGAAUUUAAAAAGGCUAACGUUCUGGUUCAAGGGAAAACGCGAAGACACUCGUCCAUGGGCUCAAUUUCUCUUCCUGGAGUUCUAUGAUACACUAUGACGUUUGGAGCACGUCUCAUGCGUAGUUGCUGGACCACACAUUUCAAGGUCAUUCGACUUCUCGUCGGGUUAUCUCCCGAUCUCGCAUGAGGACCAUAGAACCCGUGGCCAUAGGGCCGCGAAUGACGUUAGGGAGCUGAUGCCGGUCCCGGUCCUUUGUU